GAUGAAUCGCGCCCAAAAUGUGGAUUGUGCAAGUCGCUCGGCCUGGAGUGCGUCUACAAUGAGCGCAAGUCGUCGAAGUAAGUCCCGAGGGGUGAUAGCGCCUGGCUGGGACUUCUUGUCGCUGACAUUCUUUCCAGACGAGAUCAGUCGCUUAGUCUGAUCAUGAGCACUCUCCAUCGCCUGGAGACAAAGCUCGAGCACAUCUCGUCGGCUGUUCGUGAUGACAUGCAGCCUCUCCAUCAACAGAUGCUUCAUGCACUUGAGGGCCUGAGAGAUGCAGCUACCCCGAGACAAAGUGGCCGCGCCGCUGACAAGCAUGCGUCCUUGUCAAACUCGCAGUCGCAGCAUCUCACCCCCGAAAUGGGGGAGCCGGAUGACUUUGUGUUUGAUGAGCGGCCCAACACAACCGACUCCAAUGGCCAUGUGUCGAUCUCUUUCAGUCAACAUGGCGUGAUCCUCUGGCCUGGAGCUCGAGAGAUCUUGCCCCGGAGACUUCUCGAAGCCCAUGAACGACUGGGAAGGAACUAUGUGAUUGACUUGGAGAUGAAGCGUUCCCAUCUGCCUAUGUAUGCAUAUCCGUAUCCCCCGCAGGCUGGAGAGGACUGGCUGGAAGCACUGCCCCUUGCUAUGAUCAAGGGUCUUUCGGACGCAUUCUUUGCUACUUUCAAUCUGUUCACGCCGAUCAUGGACAAGGCCUUCUAUUUCGCUUUCACUCUUGGCGCGGCGAUUGAGAGCGGGUUCGGCUACACCAUUGAAACCUGCCUGGUUCUUAAUGUGAUGGCCUUGGGCUGUCUGGCUGUCCUGAGCCAUCAGGAAGGAAACUAUCCUUUGCCAGGCACUCGAAGCAGUCGAUUUGAACCGCCGGAGUGGAUGGGGGUCAUCCACGAGGAGCCCCCAGGCUUACGGUUCUUCAAUGAAGCCCGGAGACGGAUUGGCUUCCUGAUGUGCGCCAAUGACAUUCAGAGUUGUCAAUUUUACCUGUUGUCUUCCGUAUAUUACAGCCAGAUUCUUCGUCCCAUGGAUUCCUGGGCCAUGAUCCACCGCGCUGCUACGUGUUGUUUGUCAAUGCUAACCAAUCAUGAUGUCAAUUUCGACGAGUGGGAAGGCGACAUGAAAUCGCGGGUAUACUGGAACACUCUCAUGAACGAAACCAUCCUUGUACAGGAAUUGCAUCUUCCACCCAGUGGCCUUUCACGUCUCGAGGAACUCGUCCCUAUCCCUAAAUUUAUCGGCUUCGAAUCCGUCGGCUUCGUGCCAGCUCGCUUCUCUUCCUCUUCGGAAGAGAUAGAUGAAUCCUUCUUCCAGUAUCAUUUCCUCGCGCAGGUCGCCCACCGUAUCAUUCUUACCCGCAUCCGCCAUUCACUGUACUUCUACUGUAAGUCUUCCCGAUUCAGGAACCUUCCCCUCCCGGCCGUCAACGCCGAACUCCGCCACCAGCUCGAGCAAUGGCGCAUCAAUCUCCCUCCCGCGCUGCAAUUCUCCGACCCUCAACCCAGCACCCCGAUGGACCCAAACCCUUCCCCAGCCCCGGUCUCCCCUCUCCCCAUCGAUCCCAACCGGCCCCUCUCCCCCGCCAUAGCAGUCACAGAGGCAAUGCUGCGCGGCCGCUACAUGAUCGCCAAUUUCCACAUCGGCCGGCCCUACCUGUACAAAGCGCUCCGGAUCCCGCAACACGUAACAGACCACGAUCUCGAGCAAAUGCGCAGCGGCCUCCGCCACGCAAUGGACUGGCCCCCGGUUGGGGGCAUCUUCCGCAAAAUGAAAAGCUGCAUCCCGAUCAAGUUCGCUUUCUGCGCCCAGUUCUUCGGCCAAGUCCUCCUCUUCUACUGUAUCUCCCACCACCCCGAUCCGCGCCUUCGCAAGACCCUCCCCGUCGGCUGGGAACGAUGGACCGACGAGAUGCUGCGGUUCCUGGAGGACUGCGCACCGUUUAGUCCCGCCGUCGCGAAGGAUCUGGAACUCUUGCAAUUGUUACGAUGAGUACUUUGUAUGCAUAUCUGUGUAUAUGGCUUCUGUCAUGAUUGAUGCUUUUGGGGCGGGAUUUUGUCUUCUGUCUUGUCUUGUUUCGCCUUGUUUGAGAUAUCCUAACGCUUGUAUGAUAGUUCUGCCCUAGACUAAUUGGGCCUUGAUGGUCGUUCUUGUCUAUGAGUGUGACAGACAUAAUUUUUGUUUCGCAAAUGGUGAGCACGCAAUAAGCUACGUGAUACGUCCUCUUCGAUCCAGUUGAGAAUUAUAGAUACACUGUCUCAAACAGAGAUGAAUCCUUCCCUUAACUAUACAUUAUGCUGAACGCUCAGUCCAAGAGUAUGCAACCAAAGGGGAAUCAAUC